AUGGCCUCACAGACUGUUGCGGAAUCGUUGGCUGUGGAGAUAAAAUUAAUUCACGGAACCCCCGGAGAGGAUGAUCGGCAACGGGUCGGCAAACGGCUGGAGUGCUGCGAGAAUGAAUUCGCCCGGAAAGCGUACAGGGAGAAGCGCGAGCGUGAACGCUGUCGCUUCCGACCCUUUGUUUAUCCCACCACACCCUGCAUCUCACUCUCAGACCUGUCCAGAGCAAAGAAACGAGAGCAGCGCCAGAUGGAGGGCCGGAACCGGGAACAAACGUCCGACUCGUCCAACGCUUGCAGAAACCACACGACCCUCCGGCCAACGGCCCUCAGAUCAAAGGGCGCAAGCCCUUCGGAAGCAAGCAGUCGACGUGGCAUCGAUAAGUGGCGCACCCCUGUCGCCUCAAUCACAGCCGAGGCCAUGUCCACUGAGAAGCCAACGCCGGGCUUUUCAUGCUAUGAGAUGGAGCCUCGGAUUCGGUCCCAAAGCCACAACCCAUCCCAGACGUCGAUAUCUCUCGAGGCGGCGGUCGGCAACGUGGCGACGGUAGAGGAUGUGCCCCCCGACGGCGGGUACGGGUGGAUGUGCACCUUCUGCGUCUUCAUGAUCAACGCCAACACCUGGGGGGUCAACACGUCGUGGGGAAUUUUCCUCGACCGCUACCUCACCCUCGACACCUUCCCCAACGCCACCAAGUUCGAGUACGCCAUGAUCGGCGGCCUGUCAAUCUCGCAGGCCCUGCUCAGCUCCCCCGCCGUCGCCGCCAGCCAGAAGCGCUUCGGCACCCGCCUUACAAUGCUGCUCGGCGCCGUGCUCGUCUUUGCCGGCCUGUUCUCCGCCUCGGCUGCCACGGAGGUCUGGCAGCUCUUCCUCAGCUUCGGCCUCUGCUGCGGCACCGGCAUAGGGCUGAUGUAUAUCCCGGCAAUGGCCCUGCUCCCGCCGUGGUUCUCGUCCCACCGCAGCCUGGCCGUCGGGUUUGCCACAUCGGGCGCCGGGCUCGGCGGCCUCGCAUACAGUCUGACCACCGGACGCCUCAUUGCCAUCUCGGGACCAGCCUGGACCUGGCGGAUUCUUGGGUUCACCAGCCUCGCGGCCAACGUGAUAUGCGCUCUCUUGGUUCGUGAGCGCCCGCCCUCGGCCUCGACGCGCAGGAGUCGGCACUCGUUCAACCCGCGCGAUUUUGCGCGCACGCAAGUCAUCUUGAUUCUUUGCUGGGGGUUCCUCGCCGAGUUUGGCUACGUGACGCUCUGGUACGGCCUACCCAGCUACGCCACCUCGGUCGGGCUGAGCCCGAGCCAGGGCGCCGUCGUCCAGGCACUGCUGAGCACGGGGCUGGGGCUCGGGCGGCCGUUGAUCGGCUGGUACAGCGACCGAAUCGGGCGCAUCAACAUGGCGCUGGCCACGACGAUGACCGCCGCGGUUCUCUGUCUCACGCUCUGGAUCCUGGCGAGGAACUAUGCCGGCCUGCUGGUAUUUGCGGCCAUGGUGGGCGUCGUGUCGGGGACCUUUUGGAGCACGGUGAACCCGAUCCUGGCCGAGGUGGUGGGCAUCGCCGAGGCCGGCAGCGUUUUUGGUGUCAUCUGCUUUGCGCUCGUGCUGCCGACCACGUUUGCCGAGGCCAUCGCGCUGCAGCUGGUGCAGGGUUCGGGCGUCAACCAGUUCCUCCCGGCGCAGAUCUAUGUGGGCGUGAUGUUCUUUGCCGGCUCCGUCUCGCUGUGGUUUCUGCGGAGCUGGAAGAUCUCUGAGAUCGAGAACAAGGCAGAGGACGAGCAGCGGUCCGAGCUGGCCGAGGGAGAGGUGGCGGGCAUCGCUGCCGUAACAGGCAUGACGAGCUCCUUCUGGCUCACGCCUAGGAAAAUGUUCAUGCCUCGACGCGUGUGA